AUGGGUUCUCUAUCUUACCUUCGUCAACUCAUCCAAACACACCCUCUCAUCGAUAAUCAUGCUCAUAACCUCCUCUCUCAGUCCGCUGCCCGCGAUUAUGCCAAAUACCCUUUUGAGCAGAUUAUAUCAGAAGCCCAAGGGAUCGCCUUGGAAAACGCCCCUUCUACGCUCUCGUUCCACCGCGCUGCCACCCAACUCGCUACUUUAUAUGAAAGCUCGUCAUCCGACUGGGAGCAGCUCCGGAAUGCCCGAGACCAAUUAGUCCAACGUGACUACGAGGGGCUAGUUCGCAAAUGCUUGGACGGAACUCACACUCUCCUCCUCGAUGACCUCUUGACCGAUGAUGACGUUGAGCCAUUCGAUUGGCAUGACCGCUUCACCGCAUCAACCACCAAGCGCAUUGUCCGUAUCGAGGCUUUGGCCGCCCGCGUCUUGGCCCAGAUUGUCCGCGAAGGGUCCGUUCCACCAGAGUCGUCUGACGUCUCAUCCUUCCAGGACCUCUGGGAGUCAUUCUCCCGGGACUUCAGCCUCCUUGUCUCCGAUGCCAUUGCCGACCCCGCCGUGGUGGGGUUCAAAUCGGUCAUAUGUUACCGUACUGGGUUAGAUGUCCAGCCAACCGAUGACAGUGAUACAAAGCAAUUGAUCCAGUCCUUUGCGCGUACAAUCUCUCAAGCGGCCGUCUCCACUCCUCGGGUAGAGGACAAGCCACUGAACGACUGGCUUGUGCGUCAGACGCUCAAUCUACUGAAAGCUGCCAAGGUUACUCAGCCAAACAAACCCUUGCAGCUGCAUACUGGCUUGGGAGACAACGACAUCAACUUACUCCGGUCAAACCCUGCUCAUCUCCAAUCUCUUAUAGCGCAGUAUCCCGAAGUCGACUUCGUUUUGCUACAUUCGUCAUACCCCUAUACACGCGAGGCCGGUUAUUUGGCCUGUGUCUACCCUAAUGUCUAUUUAGAUCUCGGGGAGGUAUUUCCCAUGGUUAGUCGUGAUGCGCAGGAAUCUAUCUUGAGGGAGAGUUUGGAGAUCGUUCCCACCACUCGGCUGCUGUGGAGUACCGAUGGCCAUUUCUUCCCAGAAACUUUCUGGCUGGCUAAUAAGCAGUUCCGGGACGCUCUGGAAAAGGUUUUCGUGGAUUAUGUCCAGAAUGGUGAUUACACCGUCGAACAAGCAUGCCAGGCGGCUGUCGAUAUUCUUUUCCACAACUCGAACCGGCUAUACGAUUUGAAGGAGCAACUUCCAUCUACUGCUCUUUGUGUAUCUGGGGCUCAAUCACUGACUCCAUCUUCAACUGAUGCGCUUGAGACUUUCAUUCGGAGUAACCCAGGUGUCAAAUACAUCUGGAUGCAGUUCAUUGACUACACCGCGACAGUCAGACUCCGGAUGUUCCCCAUCUUGGAGUUUGCCAAAAUCACCCGCAAGCAACGCCGAAUCGGUAUCUCCGUGGCCGUUUUCUGGAUGUUGCAGGACGAUGAAAUUGCCGGAGGCUCAACAACAGGCCAAUUCUACAUGCUGCCAGAUCUAUCCACCCUGAGUCCAAAUGUUGGGGUCAACUCCAAAAGUGCCACCGUACAGACCUGGUGGAAGACCGAAGAAGGCGAGCCAAUGGAGGAGUGCCCACGCACCAACCUCCUCAGAAUCAGCAACAAACUCAAGGACGAGUUCGGCAUCCAAGCCACUUGCGGCUUCGAAAUUGAAGUCGUCUUCCUGAAACCAACUACGGACCCAGAAACCGGAAAAGAAGACUGGGCUCCUUCUACAACGAACCACUCCUGGUCCCAAAUGACGCGCGAAACCCGCAGCUAUCUGCCACUCAUCGAAGAGUGCGUCGAAGCUCUCGCCUCCAUCGGUAUCUACCUUGAACAAUUCCACGCCGAGUCCGCUCCCGGCCAGUUCGAAUUCAUUCUCCCUCCCAAUACCCCCGUCGCGGCAGUGGACACCCUCAUCAAGGCCCGGCAAGUCAUUACCUACGUCGUCGAGCAGCACGGCCUCCGCGCCACACUCCACCCACGCCCCUACCCGUCCGCCGCCGGCACAGCCUCCCACGGCCAUGUCUCCAUCACCCCUCCGACAAAAGAAGAGUCCUUCCUCGCUGGCAUUCUCCAUCAUUACCCAUCCGUUCUCGCAUUCACCCUCUCCGGCGACAGUAGCUAUGAACGUGUCAAAGCGGGUAUCUGGGCCGGCAGCGAAUGGGUCGCUUGGGGCACGCAAAACCGCGAGGCGCCGAUCCGAAAGAUCUCCCCGGGUCACUGGGAAAUCAAGUCCCUCGAUGGCCUGGCGAAUAUGUACCUGGCCAUGGCAGCAUUCCUGGCUGCUGGAUAUGCCGGCGUGAAGGAGGACCUGCCGCUUACUAUCAAGGAUUGUCACUAUGACGCGGCAUUGCUGUCCGAGGAUGAACGCAGUGCCCUCGGCAUCACAACGAAACUCCCCAAUACCCUUGCUAAAAGCCUUGAGGCAUUAAAUUCCAACGAGACCCUCAAGGCGCUUCUUGGCCCGAAACUUGUGGAGAACUACACCAUCGUGAAGAAGGCCGAGAGCAAGAAGCUCAGUGCGAUGGACGAAAAUGUGCGCAGGAAGUGGCUCGUUGAGAGGUACUGA